CUGGAAUCGAAGCCUCUUAAAAUGUCAGAUGAUUUGGGCUUCGAGACCGGAGAUGCGGGGGCCUCAGCCACCCUCCCGAUGCAGCGCUCAGCUUUACGUAAGAAUGGCUUUGUGGUGCCCAAAGGCCGGCCAUGUAAGAUUGUGGAGAGGUCAGCCUCCAAGACUGGCCAGCACGGUCAUGCCAAGGUCCAUCUGGUUGGUCUUGACAUCUAUACUGGGAAGAAAUAUGAAGAUAUCUGCCUGUCAACUCAUAAUAUGGAUGUCCCCAGCAUCAAAAGGAACGAUUUCCAGCUGAUUGGCAUCCAGGAUGGGUAUCUAUCACUGCUCCAAGACAGCGGGGAGGUGCGAGAGGACCUCCGUCUGCCUGAGGGAGAUCUUGGCAAGGAGGUUGAGCAGAAGUACGGCGGUGGAGAAGAGAUAUUGAUCACGGUGCUGUCUGCCACGACAGGGGACGCAGCUGCUGCAAUCAAGGCCAUGGCCAAAUAACUGGCUCCCAGGGUGGCUGUGGUGGCAGCAGUGAUCCUCCAGCCUGCAGAGGCCCCCUCCCCGAGCCUGGCCCAGCUCUGGCCCGGCCCUUGGCUGGACUCCUCCCACACAAUUUAUUUGACAUUUUAUUUUGGUUUCCCCUACACCCUCAAU